CGUGGGCACGUGAUAAAUGUUUGACGAUGAGCAAACUUGCCAGGGCGGUGCUUGGUUUCUCAAAGGGUUUGUUGCGUAAUAAUUUUCUCGCCGAGGUGCUUCCCGAAUAAAAAGGUCCAACGGGCAUUUUGAGAAGGGGUGGAAAUGACAAAAUGAUGCAAGCAGUUAGUCAUAACUUUAUUAUACCAUUGCCGGAUGAUUUUGUUGAAUAUUUGCAAAAAGAUGGUCCAUUGAUAUUACCAAAAGGUGCUGAUAUAAGUAUACAAAGUAAUUUCGAUGAUAAUGAAAAUUGGUCAGAUGAAGACGAAACACAAAAUGAAAAUGAGGCACCUCAAUUCACUGCUCUUCUGGAACAAAUCAAAGAAGUUUUAGAGAAAUUAAAUUGGAAAUCAUUUCCAAAAUUGAAUUGGAGUUCACCCAAAGAUGCUAUUUGGAUAACACCGAAUAAUAGUUUGAAGUGUAACACUCCGGGUGACAUCAUUUUACUUAUGAAAAGUUCCGACUUCAUCACUUACGAUUUGACAUCUCCAUUUAAACUAUGUACUGAUGAUUCAAUACCAGAUCCACAAUUCCAGAAAGAAUUGGUUUUGAGGAAAUGGGCAAACUUAGUACCUGGAAUGGAAUUCAGAUGUUUUGUACGAAACCACAAACUCAUUGCUGCGUGUCAGAGACAUCAUCAACAAUAUUAUGAAUAUGUUGAAAGCCAACAACAGUCUUUACCUGUAGAAAUUUGCAGAUUUUUUCAAGAAAAAAUUCAACAUAAAUUUAAUAAUUCUAAUUAUGUUGUUGACAUCUACAAGAAGAGAGAUGGGAAAUUCUGGAUAAUUGAUUUUAAUCCUUGGGGUUCAAUGACAGAUUCAUUACUGUUUACAUGGGAAGAAUUGAACUCUUUUGUGCAAUCACAAUUAACUGAAGAAGAUUGUCCCAUUAUUACACCAGAUGGUGAACCCAUUGGAAUGUUCAGAUUUGCUAAGAGAGAUGCAACAAUGCAACCAAGUGAAACGCUGAGUUAUAGAAUGCCACAAGAUUUCCUAGAUUUGAGUCGCGGUGAAGACGCAACAAAACUAGUUGAUUUUUUAAGAAUGAAAAUUCAAAAUGAAAACGACGAUUCAUCAUCUGAUGAUGAUGAACCUUGGCAGUUACCUGCUUCCAACUCAAACACUUGAACAGAUAGCCAAUUCCAAUGAUGAUUAGGUGGUAUGGAAAGCCGAUGUGAAAUUGGCAUGACCAAUUGAUCUGGUGCUUCUGUUGGAUGUUGCCUACAUGGCAUGGCAAUGUAAUGGGCCAAAAUAGUUCGAAUUAAAUUUUGUGCGCAUAAUGAAAAUAUUUUGUAAUAAUUCUUCUGUAAACUGUUAUAGAACAAGAUGUCAGAAGACUGAACAAGAUUCCGAGAUAGAAUUCAAUGAAAAUAUGCAUCUACUGAUAUGGUUGAGUUUGCUCAAAGUAGAAAUCUUGCUGCUGACUUUGCUGUAUACCCAGUGUUGUACCUCUGCACAAUGCGUGUUGUACGCCCUGAGGCAUUUUUUCACCGAUUGUUAGGACUGUCAUCUUCUGGAGAGUAACAAACUAGUUGUGUGAAAUUUACUUUUUACUUGGGAAGAAUUGAACUUCGUUGCUCAAUCACAAUUGACUGAAGAAGAUUGCCCCAGUCCAUUCUUCCUAAAACAAAUAACAGGCUACCUAAUCCCAUACCCGAGAUGUACUGGCGACCGGACGAGAGGCCGUGGUUCGCCAUGUGAUUAAGCCGACUUUCCUCGAUCUCCUCCAGGAUAUGUAAAUCCUAUCCUACUUAGUUGACUGUGUUAAGAUGCAAGCUGUCCCAAUACGUUUGCAUAGAACUAGAGUUGUGUAUACGUAUUAUGCUAUCGAUUUUACACCUGAAUAUAACAAAUUAGGAGUGUCGGAGUUCGCCUGUUUUGUGUUGGGGCUCAUCAUUACGAUCCUUCUCUGAAGCUCCACCGCCAUAAUUUUAUCUUCGCUUGCUAUCCUAACUAAGCGACAUUCCCUGGAAUAAAUAUAGAAAUUAUGAACUGCAAUUUGAGUAUCGAUGUCCUUUGACCCCGGAAAAUUUUUACCGCCCCUACCUUAGUAUCCCUAUUUACGAAAGAUGAGCGGUCAAACCACGCGUGUGUCUUCAGAGGGAAAGUCGUGGCAUGCCAUUCAAUUCUAUGCGCCUUUUUCAUGAUGCCGAAAAUCAGACCUUUGUGACGUUUCCAAUUCAAUCUUACGAGUCAAACAAAUAUUUAUAUAACUUACGCUAACCGAAUGCGUCAAUUUUGGAUAUAUAGAUAUAUAAUCAACCCGACUCACACACGAUUCAAGGACUUCGCUUAUUAAAGUAAACAAUGUAACAAAAGCUUCAACUUGACAAAUAUUGAGAUGUAAGUUCUGUACAUACGAGGCGUCUUUCAAUAGUGUGACAAGAAGUCUAGACUUGAUUAUGAGUAUGAGUCGGUAAAAAUAAACUAUUGCAAUUUA